AAACAGAAACAAAAGUCAAAGAAGAAGAAAACUCGCCCAAUGAAAUGAAAGUAUCCACGCGUUUCCACUCUUUUCAUCAUAGAAACUUGGUAGUUUCUGCUUCAAGCUCAACAAUCUCAACAUCGAAGAUCCUCACUCCGUCGGCGUCGCGCUCACCGUCUCUGAAAGCGGUCGAAUCUCCGCCACCUGCACUGGAUCCUACGAGCCUGACGUCAACAUGUCCAACGUCCUGGAGCUCUGUGUCGUUCUCUUCUUUUUAAUCCUCGCCUACAUCUUCCUGAAAGUUUAUUUCCGAGACUCGCGAAGACUUCUCGGAGCGGGUUUGUUCCUCUUUU